UAAAUAGAGAAAAAUAGGAGAAAAAAAUUUUGAAAGUCAGCUUCAUAGUCCAUAGGAACUAAGCAAAGGCGAGACCCGAUUUUACCGCGUUUCGGAACACCCAAAUCCCCCCGAAUCUCUUUCAAGUCAAACCACCGUCAUCUCCGCCAUGGACUUCCACCGUAACCCCUCCGCAAACUCUGCCUCUUCUUCCACCUCCUCCACUUCCUCCGCCGCUGCUCACCACCAACCUCCUCCUUCCUCCGCCACCGACAACGAUCCGAUGCAUUCAUGGUGGGAAUCCGUCUCCAAACAACGUUCGCGCAUCCUUUCCCUCGCCGCUCUCCUCCCUUCCGAUGGAGUCGCCGUUUCUUCCUUGGCUGAUUCUGACCGUCCCGCUGUCUCCCUACUCUCGUCGCCCUCCACUUACUCUUUGAUUUCCUCCGCCCUUUCUUCUCCUAAAUCCGGCUCUGGCUCCGACCGUCUCUGCCAAUGGCUUUACGAAACUUUCCAAUCUUCCGAUCCUCAUCUCCGCCUUCUCGUCCUCUCUUUUCUACCUCUUCUUUCCGGCAUCUACCUUUCCCGUGUCCACUCAUCGGAUUCUUCUUCUCUGCCAUCGCUUGCCGGAUUCGAAGCCGUUCUCCUCGCUGUUUACUCUUCUGAAGCGAAAUCUCGUGCCGGGAAACCACUUCUCGUUCAAAUUCCCGACCUAUCUCAACCUUCUCUUUACCACGCUCCUCGUAACAAGCCUGUUGACGACAGAUCUAGACAAUCCGUGGGCGUUUUAUCACCUCCACUGGAGCCACACUUAGCCGUUAAGUCAACUAAGCGAGCCAUCAUCGUUGGAACCGCACUUGAUUGCUAUUACAAACAAGUAUCUCAAAUGCCGGCUUGGUCUAAACUGGAUUUCUGCAAAUUCGCCGCCGCUUGGGCGGGGCAAGAUUGUCCUUGCAGAACAAAGCUUGACAGAGAUGAAGAUAACCACCAUGAAAACGGCAACGUAAACGGUAAUGGUCACAUUCGCCUCUUAAGGGAGGAUUCAGGGUUUAGCAACGGAACAAGAAGCGGCGACGGAGAUGAAGUGGACUAUGAGGAUGAUGUGAUUAAGGAAGUGGUGGUGGUGGAGAUGAACAAUUUGGGAAUUAAUGAAGAGAAUUUGGAGACAAAGGGUGUGAGGAUCCCGUUACCUUGGGAACUUUUGAGGCCGGUAGUGACAAUUUUAGGGCAUUGUUUGUUUGGUCCUUUGAAUUCCCAAGAUGUGAAGGACUCCGCCUCGGUCGCGGUUAGGUGUUUAUACGCGAGGGCAUCUCAUGAUUUGGCACCCCAAGCGAUCUUGGCAUUGCAGAGUCUGAUAAGGCUUGAUAAGAAUACAAGAGCAGCUGCAACAACGGCUGCUACGGUGACAACGAACUCUUCUUCGAAUGCUAACACUCCUAGCAAGGCUAAGAAGCCCGAAAUCCUAUUGGUUUCCAAGUGAUUUCAUGGUUUUGCUUUUUGAGGUAAUGGAUGUGCAUAGUGUUUUAAGCUUCUGGUAUCUUUGUGUAGGAUAAUUCACACUUGUGGAAAUUCAAUUUUACUACUAUUAGUUUAGUUAUCAUCCUUAAAAUUGUAUUGAUUCUUAAGGUCUCAAAUUCGAUGCUUGUGGAUUCUGAUUGUUUAAGAUGUGUGGGUUUAUAUUGAAUGAGUUUGGAUUGAUUAAA